AAAGCACGUGUCCGGGCGCGCAGAUCCACGCACCUCGGGCGCUACUGUAAAUCUAGUAAACAGCGCGCGAUAUCUCCUUUAAUAAGUGCCAGCACCGUGUGAACGGGAUUCGAGCAGGAAUGCAGGAGGCGGGGGCAUAACCUUAUGUCUCUGUAGCCAAACAGCCGUAUCUAAACUUUCCUCCCUCGUGCAGCCCGGAGCUCCUCACCCAACUCGCUAUAAUAAAUUGUGUCUGCGCUCGGCAGAAAAUAGACUUCUGCGCGAUUUUUAAAAACAGUUUUUGCACAAGAGUCAGGUCUCUAAAUUAAAAUCUUAUUUUAUCUGUAUCGACUUAACGCUUUGUUGUACUUGUAUGAUACCAUAUACAGUCAUCCAGGCGCUAUUUUUAAGUGCCCUUGGCAAGCGCGUGCCAGACUGUUUGAGAACUUAAUUUUAGUAACGUUAGUCUAUUAUACACGGGGAGCCCAGCAUGACGUAUGCCAUCUAAUUGUAUUUGUUCAGUUGGGUUUUGGUUUGCGUCUUGUUUUUUGACACGCAUGAACUUGUAAAUUUGCUUAGCUAUGAACUAGGUUUAGUUUUGUCAGAAAAAAAACAGCAGUUGUAUCUUACCCAUAUAUUUAUAUAAAUGUAUUUUUUUCUAGGGUAAUAAUCCUGCUAGACAUACUGACCGGCUAUUUUUUUUUUUACCACACAUCGAUUAUUAAGUGUCUUUUUUCGGAUCUUUCAUUUGUGUUGAUCCGGGUUUUUAAGGAUGUCAGGUCACAACAUUGCCUCGAGGAGCUCGGAAAAGCUGCUUUUCUUUGGGUUUCUGGUUCUGGUUCGUUCGGUCUUGUGUCACGGGUUUGCUGAGGAGUUCACCUCGGGCUCUUAUGAUUUUGGGUCUGUUAUUCUGGAGCCUCUGGACGGGUUGAGAAAGUACGCGGAGUCCAUUGUCGGCACCCAUGCGAUUGAGAUUGGUGCUGAGAAAGCUGUUUUGUACCUUGACUCAGUGUUUGGCCCUGAGAACAUCUAUUCUGUUGCAAUGUUUGUCGAAAUGUUGCUGAAGUUUGUUGCUGAAGGAGCUGCCAGUGGACUGAAUGUCAUUGCUGUGUAUGUAUCUGAGAUUCUCAGAGCUACAGGAGUGAACGAGACCGUAUCGGUGCCUCAUUUCACUGCUGAGGGCGUUUCUGCUGUGACCAAGUGGGCUUUGCUGGCUCUGAUCGCUUACUGGCUCCUGUCCCUGUUGCUGCGAGUCACCGUGAUGCUUGUAAAGAGAGUGUUUUGGCUGAUUAAAGCGGUUGUGGUGCUGUGGCUGUUUGUGCGGAUCAUCGGUGACCCCGCUGCCUCCAAUGAAGUCACUACAAUGAGACUGAUUUUACUUGUGCUCACCUGUGCUGUGUUUGGAGUCGCUACGAGCAGCGGCGGUGGGACAGGAGGCAGUCUGGAGAGCCGGAUGAGCAAACUGGAGGGACAAGUCAAAGGGCUGGAAAAGAUGAAAAUGAGCAGCAAUGGGCAGUAAUGAGCAGCUUAAAACAAGCAUAUGGACUCAUGACUACAGGGAGAUGAGGACUCAGGGAUGACGUGUUUAAUGCAACUCAAAACAGCCUUAGGUAUUAAUAUAAGAUUUUGCCUGUUCUUUCUUGUUUUAAAUACAUUUCAUAGUUAAUUGGGCCUUGGAGACUACUCCCAUAUAGUUUUUUGUAAAAUGUAAAGCACGAAGAAAGAACUUCAUCCCACAGCUCUUUGAAUUUCAUGUGGUACCAUUAAAAUUCUCGAUUGUUU